UGUCCAUAGUGUCUCAGUGUAGCUAGCGUACCGCAGUCAGUAGCCAGCCUGUGUGUACAGCAGCGCAGGAAGACCACUUUAUCAUACGGAGGACUUCAGAAAGGCUCCCGGUAAUAACGUUGUUAUAGCGGUGACUUUUCCUUGUGGCCGUGAAGAACGUGUAAAAAGGCAGCCGGUUUUCACAAUGGCGACAGCUGCGGUUUCUGCCAGUGGCCCCAAUCCCGGAACCGGAGCUGAGUUGGUCCGAGGCCAGGCCUUCGAUGUCGGGCCCCGGUACCACAAUCUGUCGUAUAUCGGUGAGGGCGCCUACGGAACGGUGUGCUCUGCGUAUUGCCGUGACAACAAGGUCCGCGUGGCGAUUAAGAAGAUCAGUCCGUUUGAACACCAGACAUACUGCCAGAGGACUCUGAGAGAGAUUAAGAUCCUGCUGCGCUUCAAACAUGAGAACAUCAUCAGCAUCAACGACAUCAUCCUCACGCCCUCCAUCGAUCAGAUGAAGGACGUCUACAUAGUGCAGGACCUGAUGGAGACAGACCUGUAUAAGCUGCUGAAGACCCAGCGCCUGAGCAACGAUCACAUCUGUUACUUCCUGUACCAGAUCCUGAGAGGCCUGAAGUACAUCCAUUCUGCCAACGUCCUGCACCGUGAUCUCAAACCCUCCAACCUGCUGCUCAAUACCACCUGUGAUCUAAAGAUCUGUGACUUCGGUCUGGCGCGUGUGGCUGACCCAGACCACGACCACACAGGCUUCCUGACGGAGUAUGUAGCUACUCGCUGGUACCGGGCACCUGAAAUCAUGCUCAACUCCAAGGGUUACACCAAGUCUAUUGAUAUCUGGUCUGUGGGCUGCAUCCUGGCUGAAAUGUAUCCUAGGGUCUCCUUCCCAGGAGGAUCUGAACUGCAUCAUUAACAUCAAGGCCAGGAACUACCUGCUGUCUCUCCCACUGUGCUGCAAGGUCCCCUGGAACCGCCUCUUCCCCAAAGCCGACUCCAAAGCUCUGGACCUGCUGGAUAAGAUGUUGACCUUUAACCCCCACAAGAGGAUCGAGGUGGAGGCGGCUCUGGCUCACCCUUACCUGGAGCAGUACUACGACCCUACAGAUGAGCCUGUAACAGAGACUCCCUUCAAGUUUGCGAUGGAGCUUGAUGAUCUCCCCAAAGAGACCCUGAAAGAGCUGAUCUUUGAAGAGACGGCUCGCUUCAACACAGUCUGCAGGCCCUAACCCAUACACACAGAUCAGACUCUGGACUCCUUUCCUCCACCUCUUCUCUCCACCUUUCGGUCAUGUGCUGUGGUUCCUCCUGUCUUCAGCAUUUCCUGUAUACUUCCUACCUCCCCUAGUCAGUCAAACCACCAUGCUCAGGAACAGUGUCAGGAAUCAACCUCUCUCUCUCUGCUCUCUCUCUCUCUGUCUCUCCCUCCCCUCUGCCUAUGGGGUAAGGGGGCGUCACUUGUUGGCUUAUCGUUGAGGAGAUGCUUGUCUUGUGUGUUUUAAGCCAAGAUCAACAGAGGUUCUGUGUCCCAAAUGGUGCCCUAUUCCCUAAUAUAGUGUUCUACUUUUAGAAAGUAGUGCACUAUAUACUGAAUAGGGCGCCAUAGGGCUCUGGUCUAAAGUAGUGCACUAUUUAGGGAAUAGGGUGCCAUUUGGGACACAGAUUUGGCUCUGGAGACACCUGUUCAAUCAGACGCUUUGUCUUUGGUUUAUGGUUAAGUCCUCAUUGUUACUCCUGGCCUGCGCAGCUGAAGCGGUGGUACACCGUUGUCGGUUUGUUUUCAAAAGCUUUACGUUGUGAAUGGUCUUUCUAGAUCUUUCUAUCUGAAGUUAUGAACAGGAUUGUUGUGACGGCACCCUACCAAGAAAGACCCCGCAUUGAUGAGAUCAACUUACUUAUGCAUUGACAUAAUACUACAGUAUCUGGACAGGUUGAGGUAAUACUACAGUAUCUGGACAGGUUGAGGUAAUACUACAGUAUCUGGACAGGUUGAUGUAAUACUACAGUAUCUGGACAGGUU